AAUUAAGGGAAGACGACAACAGCCACAACAAAAAUGCUGGAAGUGAAACCUUGCUCAACAUUUACUUAAUGCUCAUCAGUAACUAUAAAGUCAAGCACACUUCAUUCCAAGCCACUCAGAAAUCUAUUUUAAGGUAUACUUUGUUCUCAGAAGAUGCUGUCCAGAUUAAAUUUUGGGGGAUGACUGAUUAAGAAAGAGACAUUUGGCAUCCAUCUCACUCCAGCAUGUCCCUCUGUGCAUCGUCUCACAAGGAAUGUUCUCAUUUGCCACCGAUUCAAGAUCUUGGAUGUAGUAAAAUAGAAGCAAAAAGCGCCAUCUCUGAGCAGAGCUCUCCCAUCCCAUUCAGCUGCAGCCAAGCUGCUCUGACUGUCGAGCAUAGUCCGAUUUACAUUCCGUCCUCUUACAUGGAGAACAGACAUGACUACUCUGCCAUGGCUUUCUACAGUCCCUCGAUGAUGAAUUAUAACAUUCCGGGCAAUUUCAGCGAUUCAGAAAAUGCCACUCUAAGGCAGGCGGCGAGUCCAAGCAUGUUGUGGUCCAGUCCUGGUCACAUCUCUCCUCUGACAUUACACUGCCAGUCAUCAGUUUUAUAUGCAGAGCGACCAAAAAGCCCAUGGUGUGAAGCACGACCUGUGGAUCAUGUCUUGCCUAUGCAAAGAGACACCCUGAAAAGAAAAAACAGCAGCAGUGACUGUACCAGUCCCACCACAAAUAGUCCUGGUUCAAAAAGAGAUGCACAUUUCUGUGCUGUGUGUAGCGAUUAUGCGUCUGGCUAUCACUAUGGUGUUUGGUCAUGUGAAGGCUGUAAAGCAUUCUUCAAAAGAAGCAUCCAAGGGCACAAUGAUUACAUUUGUCCGGCGACAAACCAAUGCACAAUAGAUAAAAACAGGCGCAAAAGUUGCCAGGCCUGCCGACUCCGGAAAUGCUAUGAAGUAGGGAUGAUGAAAUGUGGUUCAAGAAGAGAGCGUUGUGGGUAUCGUAUCAUCCGUCGUCAUCGUAAUCCAGAAGAUAUGGUGCAUUGUGUAGGCAAAGUGAAAAAGAAUAAUGACAGUAUAAUCCAAGUGAAAGAGGUCCUGGGCAAUGCGCUAACCCCAGAACAGUUUGUCUCCAUAUUAAUUGAUGCUGAACCGCCAAAUGUGUUGGUGAGUCGCCCCAACAAGCCAUUUACAGAAGCUUCCAUGAUGAUGUCCUUGACGAAACUUGCAGACAAAGAAUUGGUCCAUAUGAUUGGUUGGGCCAAAAAGAUCCCCGGCUUCAUAGAGCUCAGUCUAUAUGAUCAAGUAAGGCUUUUGGAAAGCUGUUGGUUGGAAGUGUUAAUGGUGGGUCUGAUGUGGAGAUCCAUUGAUCACCCAGGGAAGCUCAUAUUUGCACCAGAUCUUGUGCUCGACAGGGAUGAGGGAAAAUGUGUAGAAGGAAUUUUGGAAAUCUUUGACAUGCUCUUGGCAACAACUUCAAGGCUUCGAGAGCUGAAAUUGCAGCACAAAGAAUAUCUCUGUGUCAAGGCAAUGAUCCUUCUCAAUUCCAGCAUGUUUCCACUGUCAUCUGCUACAGAAGAACCUGAGAGCAACAAAAAACUGAGCCAUCUGCUAAACUCUGUGACAGAUGCCUUGGUGUGGGUCAUUGCCAAAAGUGGGAUCCCUUUACCCCAACAAACAACUCGCCUGGCAAAUUUGCUGAUGUUACUUUCUCAUGUCCGGCAUGCAAGUAACAAAGGGAUGGAGCAUCUUCUUAGUAUGAAGUGCAAGAAUGUAGUACCAGUCUAUGAUUUGUUGUUGGAGAUGCUCAAUGCUCACACUGUCCGAAGUCACAGGAAAACACCUGUCUCCAAUUCUGAGAAUAGUCCACUGGAACAAACAGAGGCAACAGAUGGAAUUCAGCAGUGAUUUCAUUGAAGUCCAAAACCAGGAAAUACCCAAAGAAAAAAAGAAUGAAAGAAAUAUCCAGAUCAAAACUUUGGAUAUUUGCUGUUAAGAAGACAACCACAUCUUUACAAUUUUUACUGGACUAUUUGUUAAAUCUUUUUCAGACUGAAUGUUGUCUGUCAACUUAGACAGUUUUAGAAAAGCCCCAUGUGGUUGGAACUGAAAAGCCUGCUGAAGAUUUGUGGCUUUAUCAAAUGUUGCAUUUCUGGAGUGCCUUCUAGAGGAGACUGUUUAAGUGCCAAAACAGCCUUAAGCUUCACGGUAUCCCAGGUAGAUGCCAAAAUAAGCUUUUUUACAAAAAGGAAAGCUGGACAACUCAUAAGUCUAAGAUCCCACAACAAAUGUGUGACAGGGCAGAAAGAGAGGCAACUUCUGAUAAGAAACUGAAUAGUUUGGCAUGAUGCUGUUCAUCAGUGCAUCAAGCUGCACAUUACAGCAAACAGGAAGAACUCUGCUCGCAUUAGAAAUGCAUGUUGUUCAGCUUGUUAAUUGCAACGGACAUUAAUAUGUUUUUCCAUUGUGCAAGUGUACUUUAGAUAAGUUA